GACAAACAGCAGCUCUGGGGGAUUUUUUUUUCUGUCAGCGAGAAAUGGACAGGAGAUGAGCGUCCCGUGGUGUGGGUCAGCCUUCCUCAGGCGUCUGGGGCAGGGUUACUCUGGCUGCAGGGUGGAGAGUAGAGCACCAAGAGACAAAGGGACAGAGGGACCCAGAAAUGUCCCCGAUGAGAUACAGACUGUGGGUCCUGCCCUCACUCUGCCUUUCCUUGAUGCUUCUGGCCUGUUUUGUAGGAGUAACACUCGGGGAGAGAGGAAUGGGGUUCUGAGGUCCCGGCCCACUCAAGCUGAGCCUCUGUGGUUUCCCCCAGCACCCACAUCUUCAGAGAGCCUGGACCCCACGCCUAGCCCUGAGAACAGCCGCUGGAGCCUGGUAAAGGCCAGGGUGAUGAAGAUGGUGGAGCCAUUUGUGACCAAGACCAGGGACAAAUGGCAGUGGUUCUGGGGUCCUGGAGCUGUCCAGGGCUUUGUGCAGACCUACUAUGAAGAUCACCUGAAAGACCUGGGUCCCCGCACUCAAGCCUGGCUGCAGAGCUCCAGAGACCACCUCCUAAACAAGACCCACAGCCUGUGUCCCCGGCUGCUCUGCAGGGAGCAGACUCAGGGUUAAAGGGCUCCACACCUCCCUCCCCUGGCACCCGUAAUAAAGGUGUUUGUUCUUAA